AUGGCCGAGUUCGGGCGGAAGCUGCCCGAGUGCGCACGCGCGGCGACCGCCAGUCGCCAUGGAGACGCGUGGCCGAGGCCGGGCGUGGAGCCGCCGGAGCCGCGUGUGUUCGGCUGCCCCAGGCGCCGGGCGCAGACAGGGGGCCGGAUGGAAGGCCGCGGGGGGGCCGGGCCGCCGGGGUUCGCGGAUAACAAGGCCCGGGACCCGGAGGAGAGAGAGAGCGGCGCCGAGGUCUCCCAGGGGUCCAGGCUGCCCCCCAUAGACAGCAGCACCUCGCAACUGACUAAGCGGAAGGUUAAGAAGAAAAAGAAGAAAAAGGCCAAGGGGUCGGGCAAAGGGGACGAUAAGCAUCAGAACCCAGGCCUGAAGACUCAGCCGAGGCCCUCAUCCCUCCACAGCAUCCUGAGUGACAUCAAAGACCCCGGCCCGAGGCCGGAGCACAGGUCGGACAAAGAGGACAGCAAGCCCGCCGCUCCUUACACCUCCAGCCGAAGUCUCCCCCACGUCGCUGACCCAGAGGAGAAGCUCUCGGGCCAGGCCAAUGAGAGCCUGCGCUGGGAUGGGGUUCUGACGGACCCCGAGGCAGAGGAGGAGAGGAUUCGCAUUUACAAGGUCAACCGGAGGAAGCGGUACCGGAGUCUGGCCCUCAAGAGCUUCCACUCUGAGCCCCGCGCCGAGGAGAUCCCCGAGAGCUUGCCCAGCCUCUCGGACAAAGAGAGCAGCAGCAGCGGCAUCAGGCAGCCCCUGGUGAAGGCCGACCACCCCAGACUCCACUCGGACGGAAGCCUGGCUCCGAAGCUGCUCCACUCAGACUUCACGUCCGUCCUGCCGGAGUGAAGGGCCCCCGGAGCCCUGGAAGGCUGGCCACCGGCCCUUAUCACGAGCUUGUGUGUUAGCGAAGAAGAAUCAAAGGAAAUCAGAGCCACUUGUGAAGGAAGCAGAUGUCUGCAGUGUCGAUGAGGUCAGCCAGCCUCUCCUGUCACCAGGGUGCCCUGCAUGGCCCGGCAACGCCACCCCGGCCGUAAGAACAUCCAGCAAUGUGUUGAACAAAGUUCUUUCAGAACGUUCCCCCUUCUCUCCAACAUGGUGGCAUCUUUUUCUUAUUGAAUUUACCUCACACUUCAAUGUCUAGAAUCUACCCCUAAAAGAGAGUGUGUCAAUGAUAUCAGUCCUAAACCUUAGACUAAUUCCAGGGGCGGGCCUCCUCACACAGCUUCUGGGGAUUCAAGGAAAGUGCCUCAGAGAUCAUGGAGACAUUAUUUUUAUUUGUUUGUUUUAAAGCUAUUAAAUACACUUCCUGCCUGAAUGUGACUUUCAAAAUAAGUAGAUUCCAGAACUUCAUCCCUGGGGGCAUGAGAAAUCUCAGAAGGAAUAUUAUCCUCCCUCAUUCCCCAAGAUAAUCCUCUUGGGGGGGGAGGGGAUACUUUUUCCUUCCCGAACUUAGUAGUGCUCAGAGCUUACUCCUGGCUAAGCAUUCAGGGAUCACUUCUGGCAGGCAUAAGGAACCAUAUGAGAUGGGGCUGGAGUGAUAGCACAGCGGGUAGGGCGUUUGCCUUGC